UCCAGAGUCAUGACGUAAAGGCUCUCAGCGCCACUUCUCUCCAACCAACACCCACACCGUCCCCUGUCAAAAACUCUAAUCCCUGCAAAAAAUGGAGCCCAACCCUCCCUAACUACUCCAACUGACAAAGCUCACAACCGCCAUAACCACCUUCUUCACACACCCCCAACCCCACAACCAUGCCGUACUCCGCCCUCUUCCAGGGAUAUAUAUUCAGGACCACCACCAUGUCCCUCAAACCCUCCACCACUUCCACCACUACCGUUCUCGUCUCUCUCCGCGGGACCCACCACCGCCGCCACCACGUAACUUUCGUAAGGCCGUCGAUGCUGCUGGGAUGCUCCAUGAGGAACAGCCGGUACCACCACACGCAAUGCCUUGCUCCGCCGCUGAAUUGGAAUGCGUGCUAUUAUCUGCCGCGUCAUGUGGGGGACGUCGCGUGCCAGGCAUCGUCUCGGGCGGUGGAGCUGGAUUGGAAGCAGAGGAAGCAGCUGAGGAGUUCGGCGGUGCCGUUUUACCAGCAGAAUUUGAGCUAUGGACGGUUUGCGUACCAGGACGCCUCCGCGAGUGAGGAGUCCGACGCCGAACUGGGGUCGUCUCAGCGCCAAAUGGGUGGUUCGACCCUUGAUAACAUUGACGAAUGGAGAUGGAAGUUAACCAUGCUUCUUCGCAACAAAGAUGAGCAAGAAUUGGUGUCCAGGGAAAGAAAGGAUAGACGCGAUUUUGAUCAUCUUUCAGCACUGGCAAGUAGGAUGGGUUUGCAUAGCCGUCAGUAUUCUAGAGUUGUAGUAUUUAGCAAAGUUCCUCAGCCAAAUUACAGACCUGAUCUGGACGAUAAGCGGCCACAAAGAGAGGUUGUCUUACCUUUUGGACUUCAUAGAGAAGUAGAUGCUCAUCUCAAAGCCUACCUAUCUCAAAAGCCAAUGAGCCAAGGAAAUGUAUCAGACCUUUCCUUAUCAAGAUCAAACAGUAGUAGAAGCAUAACUAAUGAUGGAGGACAUUAUGAGCAGCAGGAGCCCUUGAUACAGAAUACUGAUGCCAUGGAGAAAAUUCUUCAGCGGAAAAGCUUGCAACUGCGUAAUAGGCAACGACAUUGGCAGGAAUCUCCAGAAGGUCAAAAGAUGCUUGAACUUCGUAAAAGUCUGCCUGCAUACAAGAAGAAAGAUGCGUUGUUAAAAGCUGUGUCAGAAAAUCAGGUCUUAGUUGUCUCAGGCGAAACAGGUUGUGGUAAAACUACGCAGCUCCCUCAGUACAUUUUAGAAUCUGAGAUUGAAGCUGAUCGCGGAGCGUCCUGCAGUAUUAUUUGUACCCAGCCUAGACGGAUAUCUGCCAUGGCUGUUUCUGAAAGAGUUGCUGCAGAACGAGGGGAGAAUCUGGGGGAAUCUGUUGGUUACAAAGUUAGGCUUGAAGGGAUGAAAGGGCGGGACACCCGGCUUCUUUUUUGCACCACUGGUAUAUUAUUGAGGAGAUUACUUGUUGACAGAAAGUUGAGAGGUGUUACACAUGUCAUUGUUGAUGAGAUUCAUGAACGCGGAAUGAAUGAAGAUUUUCUUCUUAUUGUUCUGAAAGAACUUCUCCCUCGCCGGCCAGAGUUGAGGUUGAUUUUGAUGAGUGCCACCCUAAAUGCUGAGCUUUUCUCCUCCUACUUUGGUGGUGCUCCAAUGAUCCAUAUUCCCGGGUUUACAUACCCAGUCCGAGCACAUUUUCUGGAGAAUAUUCUAGAAAUGACUGGGUAUCAGUUGAAUCAAUAUAAUCAGAUUGAUGAUUAUGGUCAUGAAAAGUCGUGGAAAAUGCAGAAACAAGCUCAAGGUUUCAAAAAGAGGAAGAGCCAAAUUGCUUCUAGUGUUGAGGAUGUACUUGAAGCUGCUGACUUUAGGGAGUACAGUCCAAGGACUCAGGAGUCUCUGUCCUGUUGGAAUCCUGACUCCAUUGGUUUUAACCUCAUUGGGAAUCUUCUUUUACACAUAGUCAGGAAAGAACGGCCUGGCGCAAUUUUGGUUUUUAUGACGGGUUGGGAUGACAUAAAUUCCUUGAAGGAUCAACUCCAUGCUCAUCCCCUAUUAGGAGAUCCUACCAGGGUCCUACUGCUAGCAUGUCAUGGUUCCAUGCCUAGCUCUGAGCAGAAAUUGAUAUUUGAUAGGGCAGAAGAUGGUGUUCGGAAAAUAGUUCUAGCUACAAACAUGGCUGAGACUAGUAUCACUAUCAAUGAUGUAGUUUUUGUUGUUGAUUGUGGAAAGGCGAAAGAGACAUCAUAUGAUGCACUAAAUAACACUCCCUGUUUGCUUCCAUCCUGGAUUUCAAAGGCUGCUUCUCGGCAAAGGAGAGGCAGAGCUGGUCGUGUUCAACCUGGCGAGUGUUACCAUCUCUACCCCAGAUGUGUAUAUGAUGCCUUUGCUGAUUAUCAGUUGCCUGAACUUUUGAGGACUCCGUUGCAAUCUUUAUGUUUACAAAUCAAAAGUCUACAACUUGGAAGUAUUUCAGAGUUCCUAUCUAAGGCCUUGCAGCCACCGGAACCUCUGUCGGUUCAAAAUGCUGUUGAGUAUUUGAAGAUCAUUGGGGCUUUAGAUGAUAAUGAAGAUCUGACAGUGUUAGGACGUCACUUGUCAGUGCUUCCUGUUGAGCCUAAACUUGGAAAAAUGCUCAUAUUAGGGUCUAUUUUCAACUGUCUGGAUCCAGUAAUGACUGUUGUCGCAGGCCUCAGUAUGAGAGAUCCAUUCCUUAUGCCGCAUGACAAGAAGGAUCUUGCAGAGUCGGCAAAAGCACAGUUCUCUGCUCAUGAAAACAGUGAUCAUCUUGCUCUCAUCCGAGCUUAUGAUGGUUGGAGAAGUGCUGAAAGAACACAGUCUGGCUAUGAGUACUGCUGGAGAAACUUCCUUUCUGUGCAAACUCUGAAAGCCAUUGACUCUCUUCGGAAGCAGUUCUUCUUUUUGCUCAAGGAUGCAGGUCUGGUUGACCAUAAUACAGAAAACUGCAAUACAUGGCGCCAUGAUCAGCAUCUUGUCCGAGCAGUCAUCUGUGCUGGAUUAUUCCCUGGAAUAUGCUCUGUUGUGAACAAAGAGAAGUCGAUUAUGCUGAAAACACAGGAAGAUGGACAAGUGAUGCUGUACUCGAGUUCUGUCAAUGGAAACAUACCCAAAAUUCCAUAUCCAUGGCUUGUCUUCAACGAAAAGGUGAAAGUGAAUUCGGUUUUUCUCCGGGAUUCAACUGGUAUAUCUGAUUCUGUGCUCCUUUUGUUUGGAGGCAACAUUUCCAGGGGUGGUCUGGAUGGGCACUUGAAGAUGCUGGAAGGAUACUUAGAGUUUUUCAUGAAUCCCGCAUUAGCAGAAACAUAUCUUUGCUUAAAGAGGGAGCUUGAUGAACUGAUCCAUAAUAAGCUCCUGAAUCCCAUAUUGGAUAUGCAAUCACACACGAACCUCCUAUCAGCGCUAAGAUUACUGGUCUCAGAGGAUCAAUGUGAGGGUAGAUUUGUAUUUGGUCGCAAGGUGCCAGUGCCCUCAAAGAAGGCAACACAAGAGAAGGUACCAAAGUUAAAAGGCACCAUGAAGAAAGUUGCGGAGAACAAUAAUUACAAAAAUCACCUCCAAACAUUGCUCACCAGAGCCGGGCAUGAUGCACCCACCUACAAAACAAAACCAUUGAAAAACAACCAGUUUCGUUCCACAGUGAUCUUCAAUGGGUUGAACUUUGUAGGCAAACCUUGCAAUAGUAAGAAAGAAGCAGAGAAGGACGCAGCUGCUGAAGCUGUACUCUGGUUAAAGGGAGGGAAUCAUUCAUCAUCCACAGAUAUUGACCAUAUGUCGAUGCUGCUUAAGAAAAGUAGAAAGAAAAUCCAGAAAGGGACCUCAUUUGAUAGUGCCAAAUGGGGUUAAGGGUUGCUCGUCAUAUAGUGGAGUUAGGCAUACAAUCAAAAGCACAAUCAGUGGCAAAGAGCUGCCCGAGGCUGGUCCAACUUGAAAGAUUAGGGUGAAUAAACAUUGAACAUCAAUCUUCUAGGCCGUUGAGCUACAUUCAGAAUAGAAGCUACAUUGUAUAGAAUCUAUGAUCAGUUUUGGCAUUUGCAGAUCCAUAUUUGGAAAGGGGGUGAUAUAGGACAUUCUUUAUCGGCAGAUGCGCCCAUUUUUGGAAACGGGUGAUUUGGCACAUUCUUCGUAGGGUAUGGAGAAUGUACCUUGUUCUGUCGAAGUAGUGGAUUAUUCUACAAGUCUUUUUUUACGGCAGCUUAUGGAUCUCACUGACCCAUGGCUACUGCUGGGCAUGGGUCAAAGAGCUGCAUCUUGUCUGCAUCUUGUAUAUAUUUGUAUCGGUAGAGCAGUCUUAGGGUUGUAUCUGUAAAGCAGCAGCUUAUUAUUUAAUUUUAGACAGGGAAAGCAUGGCGGAGUUUGCCUAUGCCUGCGCUAGAACUUGUAGCUCGGCACACACCGGUCAGUUUUGGCCUCCCGUGGCUGGUAAUGCCAUUGAACUUAUUGAACGCUGUCCUCAUGAUUUUAUAAAUAACAUAGAAAUUUUCUUUUCCGAUGA